AUCUGGUGCAGUUUGAACCUCCAUACUAAUGUGUCAUUAAUAACACGAGUACCAUCCAUCUUCCUGCAUGCUUUAAUAAUGUAUAUCAGUCGUGAUCAAUCAGGUUUAAUGACUUCAGUACAAACCCCUGACUGCACAAAGUACCGUGUUUUUGGUGCCUUCUAAAGCAUAGCUAUAGCAGAACAUAAAAUAAACAUUUAUUAAUUGCACAAAAGUCAAUACUCCUCCUCGCUCCAUUUCCUGUCUCCCGGGUGGAGUGAAUUAGCCAGGAUAAACACAGGGCGGCACAAGUGAUGGAUGUUGUAGGUUGGCUCAUCAUCCCUCCUCCCAUCCUCCCAUCCUCCAGGCAUCCAUCUGCCUCUCACUCCUCAUCUCCCACACAUUUCACUGAACUAGCACAUUCUCACUUUCAGCAAAACUCUCGCAUACAGCGCCACACACACACCACCUUCCCUCACACAGACCUGCUGUAGCUGCAGACAGUCAGGCGGCUCUCUCUCUGUGUGCUGAGGAGUUUAUCUUUCAGGACAUCAUGGUGGUUGAAGGGGAGGAAGUGGUGGUGGUGGUUCAGGGGCAGGGUAGAGACGGCUCGGUGGAGAAGUGGCUGGGGCUCGGAGUACCGGGUGUACCCUCUCUGUCCUUGGUGGCUAAAUACUCGUGUCUGUUGUGCUGGACCCCCAGGGAGAAGAUCACCGUGGAAGAGGAGAUCAAGGAGAAAGAGGACGCCAUCAGACAGCGAAACAACGAAGUGCAGGACCUUCAGGAGGAGGUGGCGAAGGAGGGCGGGGAGCUUCAGAGACUCCAGAGUCAGAGAUCCAAGGUCCAGGAGGCGUUAGAGGAGCUGGACCAACAGAAAGGCUCUCUGGAGGAGCAGCUCAAUCAUAUUCGCCAGCAGACCAACCAAGAGUCCAAUCUGGUGGGUUUAGGAGAUGUCUCUUUUCAUGGCUGCUUCUUUGAUUUCGUUACUUGAAUCAGAAUCAGGUUUAUUACCA